UCUUCGCUCCCCCUCUCAUCUCUAUUCUUCCUGUAGGGAGAGAAUUGUUUGAGAAAUUUUAUUCCCAAAAUGGACCUCCGGGAGUCGAUCGGAAACCAGACCGCCUUCUCACUCCGGCUCGCGAAGCACGUCGGCUCGGCCUCCGCGGCCGACGCCAACCUCGCCUUCUCCCCGCUUUCCGUCCACAUCGUCCUCGCCCUCGUCGCCGCUGGCGCCAAGGGCCCCACACUCGACCAGCUUCUCUCCUUCCUCCGAUCCAACGCUGCCGGCGACCUCAACGCGCUCUCCUCCCAGAUCGUCGCCCUCGUCCUCGCCGACGGCUCGGCCGCCGGCGGGCCACGGGUCUGCUUCGCCAACGGCGUCUGGGUCGACGCCUCCCUCUCCCUGAAGCCCUCUUUCAAGGAGAUCGUCACUUCCACUUACAAAGCCGAGGCCAAGGCCGUCGAUUUCCAAGCAAAGGCUGCUGAAGUCGCAAAUGAAGUUAAUUCAUGGGUUGAGAGUGUUACAGCUGGUCUUAUCAAAGAGCUCCUUCCUUCUGGAUCUGUUGACAGUACUACCAGAUUGGUGUUUGGUAAUGCACUUUACUUUAAGGGAGCCUGGGAUGAAAAGUUUGAUGCAUCUUCAACUAAAGACUCUGCAUUCCACCUGCUAAAUGGAAGCUCAGUUCAAGUAUCUUUUAUGACUAGUGAAAAAAAGCAAUUUGUCUCCGCGCAUAAUGGCUUCAAAGUCCUUAGGCUUCCUUAUAAGCAGGGUGAGGAUAGGAGGCAAUUUUCUAUGUAUAUUUUUCUACCUGAUGCGCAAGAUGGUCUGUGGAGUUUGGCAGAGAAGUUGAGUUCCGAAUCUGACUUCUUAAAUCGGCACCUUCCGACUCAAAAGGUGGCAGUGGGAGAUUUCAAGCUCCCCAGGUUCAAGAUAUCAUUUGGGUUUGAAGCAUCUAAAGUUUUGAAAGAUUUGGGACUGGCAUUGCCUUUUAGUGGGAAUGGGGAUCUGACAGAGAUGGUUGAUUCGCCUGUAGGUCAUAACCUUUAUGUAUCAUCAGUUUUCCACAAAGCUUUUAUCGAAGUCACUGAGGAAGGAACUGAAGCAGCUGCUGCUUCAGCUGCAGUGGUGGCGUUAAGGUCAUUACAACUGAACCCUCUGGACUUCGUGGCUGAUCACCCAUUUGUGUAUUUGAUCAGAGAAGACAUUACUGGAGUUGUGCUUUUUGCUGGGCAUGUGAUCAAUCCUUUGCUUGCUGGGUAAAUCUCCAGAUGGAGUUGAAAGUUCUUCCGAGUGUACUGACUGUGAGAGAUGUAUGCAUUACAUAAUGAGUGAUAUCAUCGAGACAUGUUAUGAUCGUAUUAUAGUCCACAUCAAUGUUUAGCUGACUCUAUUUUUGUUGUUUAAUAGUCUUCACUGAUUGUAAAUAGCUCUAAUCUGCAUCUUCUAUUUAGUCUCAUGGUCUUUAUAUUGCUAA